UAUGACAAGGAAAUACAUCAUUUCCAAAAAGGUUUGACUGGUAGAUUAGGAUUAUGACAAGGAAUGCGACACCUGUGGUGGAAAGUAAGCGAUCAAUGGAAAUGCCUCCACCAUACGCGAGUUUCCAUUUUGUUUUAGCCUCAUCCAGGAGUUCCCUCCUGACAACUUUCUCCACCAACGGGGCACUCACGCAUGCGUUACGCAAAUAUGAACUUAUAUACAGACACGAGGCUUUAGGGGUAGAGCUCACCGUAAAACAUGGGUGGGAGAGCCCCUCUUCUUUUCCUCACCUUUUCUCUUGCUGUUCUGAGCAUUGAGCUUGGUAUUUCUCAUGGCUGUCGAGAGACGGAGAGGAAAGCCCUCAUCGACUUCAAGCGUGGACUUCAUGAUCCUUCCAAUCGUCUCUCUUCCUGGGUCGGGGAGGACUGUUGUGCGUGGGAAGGAGUUGGCUGCAGCAACAUCUCUGGUCAUGUUGUCAAGCUGGAUCUUCGAAAUAGAUGUUCAUUUCUAGCUGACGACUGCACUCAUCAGGAGGUGUCCUACUUGUUGGAUGAUGAUCCAGGAUGCAGAUGGGCACUGCAUGGUGACAUAACUCCAUCACUGCGUUCUCUCCAACAACUUAAUCACCUGGACCUCAGCGGCAACUGUUUUACGCAUAAACCCAUCCCCAAGUUCUUUGGAGCUUUCAGAAGACUAACAUAUCUUAACCUCUCAGGGGCAGGCUUCGUGGGUAGAGUACCUGAUCAGCUCGGAAAUCUAUCCACUUUGCAGCACCUCGACCUUUCUUAUAACUGCAAUGGGGAUGAUGACGGUGAUGGCUUCUUCUGCUUGUACCUUGAGAACACAAGAUGGAUCUCUAUGCUCACUUCCCUUCGGCACCUUAACAUGAAUUUGGUCAAUUUUACAAAUGCGUCCAACUGGUUGCAAGAUUUGAACGUGCUUCCACGUGUUCAGGAGAUUAAAUUAAGUUCUUGUGACUUAGGGACCUUUCCACAUUCAUUGUCUGAUGUCAACUUCACAUCUCUCACCACUCUUGAUUUAGGAGACAAUGAUAUAAACUCCACCAUACCAGAUUGGGUGUUCAAUAUUACUAGCCUCGAGUACCUUUAUCUUGGUGGGAAUGACCUACAUGGGUUCUUUCCUAAUUCUAUUACGAAGUUGACAUCUCUCAGGGAACUCGAUUUGUCUAGGAGUGAGUUCCAAGAUGGCUUCAUGCAGGUAGCUCCUAUAUCUAAUCUCUGCAAGCUCCAAAUUCUAUACCUGCGCCAGGUGCUUAUCAACGAUGUGUUUGCCAAUCUAAAAAUGGUUUUCUCUGGAUGUCUUAAGUAUAGUAUGGAGGAAUUGGACCUCAGCGACACCCAGCUGAGUGGUUCCUUUCCGGAUUGGCUAGGGAACAUCAAGAAUCUCAAAUCUCUUUAUCUUUCUUUCAACUCCCUCUGUGGAUCAGUGCCUGCAUCUAUCGGGAAUCUAUCAUUGCUGCAACAUUUAGUUUUAUAUUCUAAUGAUUUGAAUGGGACGAUUUCGGAAGGCAUCGGACAACUGAAGAGCCUUAUCUAUUUGGAUCUCAGUAGUAACUCGUUGAGCUUAUCGGAGGUCCAAUUGGCUAAUCUAUCAAGUUUAAGGUAUUUGGACAUUUCGAACAACUACGACUCCAGAAAAAGUGGAGUAGGAGUAAUAGACAUGAUUCUCGAUGGGCUUCCUUCUAGUCUCGAGCAUUUGGAUCUUUCUUACAACUCUCUCCACAGAUCAUUGCCUAUAUCUCUUGGAAACCUCUCUAUGCUGCAAUCUUUGUUUCUACGUUCCAGUUACCUGAAUGGGAUGUUGCCGGAAGGGAUCAAACGGUUGAAGGGCCUCGUCCAAUUGGAUCUUUACAAUAACUCGUUGGCCUUAUCAGAGGAUGACCUUGCUAAUCUAUCAAGUUUGAAAUAUUUGGACAUUUCAUACAACUCUAUACACUUGAACAAAAGCAAUGACUGGAUCCCUCCUUUUCAGCUUCUAAGCCUCUCCAUGGAUUUCUGCCAAAUACUGCCCAUUCCCCAUUUUCCGAAAUGGCUCCAAACACAAGCCAGUCUUCGUCGACUACAAUUGUCAAGUGCGGGUAUCAAAGACAUGUUUUUCGAUAGGCUUCCUUCUUGUCUCGAGUAUUUGGAUCUCUCUUACAACUCUCUCCAUGGAUCAUUGCCUGCAUCUCUUGGAAACCUCUCUAUGCUACAAUCUUUGAUUUUACGUUCCAAUUAUUUAAAUGGGAUGUUUCCGGAAGGCAUCAAACGGUUGAAGGGCCUCGUCCAAUUGGAUCUUCACAAUAAUUCGUUGAGCUUAUCAGAGGACGACCUUGUUAAUCUAUCAAGUUUGAAAUAUUUGGACAUUUCAUACAACUCUAUACACUUGAACAAAAGCGAUGAUUGGAUCCCUCCCUUUCAGCUUAACACCCUUCUCAUGGGAUUCUGCCAAAUACUACCUAUACCCCAUUUUCCGAAAUGGCUUCGAACACAAACCACUCUUGGUGAAUUAUAUUUAUCAAACACAGGUAUGAAAGAAACGAUUCCCAACUGGCUUCCAUCCGGUCUCGAGUAUUUGGAUCUAUCCGAUAACAAGAUUACUGGUGAGAUACCACAAUUCCUUCCUAAAUUAAAAUAUUUAUUUCUUUCAAAUAACUCAUUCUCAGGGAAUCUUCCACCAAGAAUCUCAGACAUAAUGCCAAACUUACAAUGGUUCGAUAUAUCUACGAAUAAUAUGAGUGGUGAGAUUCCCUUCUCUUAUUGUCGAUCGAGGUAUUUGGAAGGGCUUCUGCUUUCCGAAAAUAAUUUGUCAGGAGGUGUUCCUAAUUGUUGGAAAAAUCCCUCAAAUUUACUUCUUUUAGACUUAUCAAGCAACAAAUUAGUAGGUGGAAUCCCUGAUUCAGUCUGUAAUUUGCAAACGCUGGAGUCACUGCACUUGAGGCGCAAUAAUUUAUCCGGGCCGAUUCCUCUUUGUUUAAAGAGUUGCACAGAACUCGUUACUCUAGACCUCGGCCACAACAACUUUAACGGGAAUAUACCAACUUGGAUCGGAGAAAGCCUCUUGUACCUGAAGACACUAAGCUUACGCUCGAAUGACUUCAACGGUAGCAUUCCUCAAUUAUCUUCUCUAGCAUCUCUUCGUAUCUUGGAUUUCUCCAACAACAAUCUUUCAGGAAUAAUACCACGGAGCUUUGGGGACUUCAGUGCAUUAAAAAGCGCUCCUACGUAUCAGUGUUGUUACUUCAACAACGUAAUUUUCUCUGAGGAAGAUAUAUGGCUCUUCAUAAAAGGAAUUGAAAUCAAGUAUACCACCUUGAGACAACUUUCAAUGGAUACACUUAUUGAUCUCUCCAAUAAUUACUUAUCUGGAAACAUCCCUGAAGAAUUCGGGAAUUUGCUUGGAUUGCGGAGCUUAAAUCUAUCCGGAAAUUACCUUAUAGGUCAGAUACCAAGAAGUAUCGAUGGAAUGAAACAACUAGAAGUUCUCGAUCUCUCAAGAAAUAAUCUCUCGGGUGCAAUUCCAUCCGGUUUGGCGACCUUGAAUUUCUUAGACCAUUUGAAUUUAUCAUAUAACAAUCUUUCAGGAAGCAUUCCGACUGGCAACCAAUUGCAAACUUUUAUUGAUCCAUCAAUCUAUGCUGGCAAUCCAAAUCUUUGUGGCCCUCCUCUCCUCAAAAAUUGUACGGUGAAUAUAGCACAGGCCGUUGAAGAAGAGCAAAAUAAAGAUUCUUCUAAAAAUAGAAUGGAAACACUUUGGUUAUACACAAGCAUCACGCUAGGAUUUAUUAUUGGAUUUUGGGCGAUUUGUGGAAGCCUUUUGUUGCAACGAACAUGGAGGAUCGCAUACUUCCGCGCCAUUGAUAACAUGUGUGACAAGCUAUACGUGGUGAUGGUAGUGACCGUGGCAAAAUACAAAAGGAAUCUAUGAUAACUCUGAUGUUAGAGGGGGACGACAUGACUCAUCCAACUUAAGCAAUAGCAAUGGCAUUGGUAUAGAUCAGUAUUUGAUACGCUCAUGGCUUGCUUGUCUUUUCAUAACACCGUCACAUGAUUUUAAUUUCUCAUUUUUAUGCAUGCUAUAAUGACUGUUAUAUGAUCCGUUGAUGUUUGUCUAUGUAGUUUGUUUGUUAAAACUUUAGGUCAUCAAAAUAUGAG